UAUGUGUGCGUGAGCUAGAGAGAGAGUGUCCGUCCCAUAGAUGUCCUCUGGCAUCUCUCUCUCUUACCUAUCAAUCAAUUCCCCCUUUUCCCUCCAUUCUCUCUCUCUUCUUCUUCUCUCUACACGCAUUCAAGUUUCAACCCUCUCUGUUGCGCUGUUCCAACUUUCUUCAACACAGAAUCCAUGACCACUCCACAUCCUUUCACACCUUGCACAAUUCAUUCUUUCCAUUCAUACUCCAAUCCACCCUAAACACACACACACACUCUCUCUUCUUCUUCUUCUUCUUCAUUACCAAAUCCUUUCGCGGUCCUUCAACACUUCGCACUCAAUUCAAGAUCUACAAAUAUUCCUUGCAAUGAAUCGAAUCAACGGGUUUUGUACACAUUGAAGAUUCAAAAGGCUUCAUUUGCUUCUUAGUCGAUGCAACAAUGUGCAAAAUAUAUAGUACUCUCGAAUGAGAAAAUUUGAAGCUUUUGGAGAAAUUUGAGCUUCAGAUCUCAGAAAAUCUUUCGCUGCAAACUGAAGUAGCAAUGGUGGUUGAACCUUGGAUACUGAAGAUGGGGAACCAGGUAAGCUCUAAUCUCAAGCAUGCUUUACUUCUCGAAACUUCGAAGAAAACAACAAAAUUGCAAGAACACAAAGAAAUUAUUGGAAUUCUCUCUUUCGAAGUCGCUAAUGUGAUGUCUAAAACUGUGUAUCUCUACAAAUCUUUGAAUAAUCAAGAGAUCUCUAAGCUCAAGAGCGAGAUCUUGAAAUCUGAGGGUGUGAAAAACCUAGUUUCCUCCGACGAGUCCUACCUCCUCGAGCUCGCGCUCGCGGAGAAGCUCGACGACUUGAACAGGGUCGCCGGUGUGGUAUCGAGGUUGGGGAGGAAGUGUACGGUGCCGGCGUUGCUAGGGUUUGAGCAUGUGUAUGGGGAUAUAGUGAGUGGAGCGAUUGAUGUGAAGGAAUUAGGGUUUUUGGUGAAGGACAUGGAAGGGAUGGUGAGGAAGAUGGAGAGGUACGUGAAUUCGACGGCGAAGCUUUACUCCGAAAUGGAGGUGUUGAAUGAGUUGGAACAAGCCACCAAGAAGUUCCAGCGGAACCAGCACGAGGAGAGUUGGAGGGCGUUCGAGCAGAAAUUGAUUUGGCAGAAGCAGGAUGUGAGGCAUCUCAAGGAUGUUUCGCUGUGGAACCAGUCAUUUGAUAAGGUUGUGGAGUUGUUGGCGAGGACGGUGUGUACAAUUUAUGCAAGGAUUUGUAUGGCGUUUGGUGAUGCCUCUUUGAGGGGAGAAUUUAUGGGUUGUUCUGUUUCAGGGGCACAAUUGGGUUGUGGAGCUAGUUCACCUUCUUUGAAGGAGGAAUGUGGGCAGAAAUCUGGUCAAAUUGGUAUAAAACGCACCGUUUCCAAUUCUCUAAGACCAGUUUUGAGCAGGAAUAAUGCUUUUCAUUCAGGACUGAUUGGUAGAAAUGUGGUGGAGAAAAGGGGGGCAAAUUUGAGGUCCCAUAUUGCAUCACAUAGAGGUGAAGCACCACCAUUGUUUCGUCCUGAUGAUUUUAAUUUUGCAUGUGGAACAAGUCCUGGGAGGCUUUUCUUGGAAUGCCUUAGUUUGAGCAGCUCAGCUUCUAAAAUGGAUGAUGAAGAUGAUCACAUUGGUUAUGAUGAUCGAAGUAGUCAAACUUCAGGGGUUUGUAGUGUUGCAAAUAGUGUGAAGAGAGAUCACCCAAAUCAUUCAAGUUGCUUAAAUCGGGCCUUUAGUGUUCCUUUCAGUGAAGAUCAAAGACAAGCCAAGUGUAGUGUGACAAGCAGUUCGCGCUUCGGCCCCAAAAGCAGCUUAAUAGUACAUGCUCCUCCUAGCACUGUUGGGGGCUCUGCAUUAGCCUUGCAUUACGCAAAUGUCAUAAUUGUCAUAGAGAAGCUACUUCGCUAUGCACAUUUAGUCGGUGAUGAAGCCAGGGAUGAUCUGUAUCAGAUGUUACCUACAAGUUUAAGAAUGUCUUUGAAGACUAAUCUGAAGUCUUAUCUCAAAGAUUUGGCAAUAUAUGAUGCUUCUCUUGCCCAUGAUUGGAAAGACAGGCUCGAUGGGAUACUUAGGUGGCUUGCACCCAUGGCACAUAGCAUGAUCAGGUGGCAAAGUGAGCGGAAUUUUGAACAACAGCAAAUUGUCACCCGAACAAAUGUACUUUUGCUUCAGACGCUGUAUUUCGCUGAUAGGACCAAGACAGAGGCUGCUAUCUGUGAGCUUCUUGUUGGGUUGAACUAUAUAUGCCGUUAUGAGCAUCAGCAGAAUGCAUUAUUGGACUGUGCAAGCAGUUUCGACUUCGAUGACUGUGUGGAUUGGCAACUGCACUAUUGAGCUCUUAUCUUCAUUGGUUACCUUCUUGGAGUUCAGUAUCUGAUGAUGGUGGUAGUUCUCUUUAGCUUCUAUACUUUUGUACGAAGACAAAUAGAAGUAGUUCGACAUGCUGUGAAUAUCAGAACUUUGCACAUUGGAGAAUUCUAUUCUUAGAAAAAGGUGUUGAUUUUUGUAUUUUCUUGCAAGGUAUGGGAAGUUUGGACUUCUGAAGUACACAACUACACUACUUUAUGAACAUCAAGCUGUGUUUCUGUUAUGUAGAAUGCACAUAUAUUGUUUGUGUACUCCUGAAGUACAUUAUUCCACUUAUUUAUGAAAAUGAAGUAUCUUCAGUUUCUAUUA